GCGAGGCUUUGCGUGUGGUUGUGAGAGAGAAAAGAAGCCAUAGGUGACGGUAAUGUCGGAGGUUUCGCUUUGCGUCAUUCGCGGAGGGUUGUAGUAGAGAGGUGCUCCGCGAGUACCGAUACAGUAAGUAAUAGGGUUGGAUGUUUUGCUUUUUCCGGUUGGAUUUUUGAGGAGACAUUGGAGGAGAACUUAGUUGUUGGCAUCAGUGUUGUUGACGAGAAAUAUACAGUUGAUAGCUUAUUUGUAAAGACAAAACACGGACAUUUUUAAAACAAAAGUAAAUCAAUAACAGUGAUAAGUAUGGCCUCUUCACCGGCACGGCAUGGUCAAGGUAAGCUGCACAGAUUAACCUAUAAAUAUUUUUUAUAAAUUAUACUGAGUGCAUAUUACACUCAUAAAUCGGCAUAAAAUACAAUUUUUACGCAAAUUAUGAUCCCGAAAUGAUAAACUUCAAACUUUUGCGCCCAACGUAUUUACAUUAUUGACCGUCGCAGGACGAUCGUAAUGACCAAGUCCCUCUCCAUUAUGUCCAUGUAGUAGUAUACGGUGAGCCAACUGAAUGUAUAGAUAUACUCUUGACACUCGAGCAAAACAAUUUACCGAGGCGGUCACGGAGUCUGCGCACUGAAGCGUUUCCACUCUCCAGUGCUUUGCUCCCUGAGCCAUGUGCUUUACGCUUGUAGACCAAGCGUGACAUUCGUUCGCUUCGUUGCUGUAAACAAAUGGAUUUACAGUGUUAAAAAGUGGACACUCGAAUUUCUUAUUUGAAUAAGUAGAACGAGACAGGCAGCAAAAUGGGAAAAGGCAAGAAGACUAGGAAGGUGGUCCUCCAGAGGUUUGCACAGAUGAAAAAGAUGAUCAGUCCGAGCGAUCCUAGAAUUAAGGAUAGCAAACGAGCUCCUCCAAAAAAGAAGAAGCCAGAAGAUCCAAAUGAACUCAAAGUCAAGGAAGUACCUCAGCAGUCGUCUGCUCUGUUCUUCCAAUACAACGAACAACUGGGUCCACCUUAUCACAUCAUAGUAGAUACCAAUUUUAUCAAUUUUUCGAUAAAAAACAAAUUGGACGUCAUACAGAACAUGAUGGAAUGUCUUUACGCCAAGUGUAUUCCCUAUGUCACUGACUGCGUCAUGGGUGAAUUGGAAAAACUAGGUCAGAAAUACAAGAUAGCUUUAAAAAUCGUCAAAGAUCCGAGGUUCGAAAGAAUACCUUGCAUGCACAAAGGUACUUACGCUGAUGACUGCAUUGUAAACAGGGUAACACAGCACAAAUGUUACAUCGUGGCGACGAACGAUAAGGAUCUAAAGCGCAGGAUCCGCAAGAUACCAGGAGUGCCCAUCAUGUACGUGGCGCAACAUCGCUACACCAUCGAGCGGAUGCCCGACGCAUAUGGUGCCCCGAAAACUUAAGACCAGCAACCAUCGCGACAACCAGAAGAAGUCCUCCCUCUUUCUUUCUCUACUCUCAACCUCGAUAAUUAAACGUUUACUAAACGCACCGCUCGAAAAGUCCGCGGCGCGGAGAAAAACAAACGAACGGCAGCGGCGGCGGCGCAUCCUGUAGUCGAGCAUUAAAGAAACAUUUUUAUCAUCGAAGAGCAGGAGCAGCGAGUGACUUUUGAGCGCGAGCGCUCUCGGGGAACAGGUUCGCGCGCACCUUUUCCCUCUCCUCUCUGCUUCUUCUCUCCUGAGUGUCUGCUGUCCCUGUGUGUAUGUGUCUAUAUGCACGAGAGACAUAAAGGAGAGGAGAGAGAGAGAGAGAGAGAGAGAGAGAGAGAGAGAGAGAGAGAGAGAGAGAGAGAGAGAGAGAGAGAGAGAGAGCGCGCAAUUUCGCAGCGGGAGAAAAGGGCAUUUAGGAAAUUCCGAAUAAAAUUGUCCCGCGAGAGCGCGUAUUAUUUAUUGUCGCGCUUGCGUUGUCGAGGCGAAUAAUCGCAGAGGAGAGAGAGAGAGAGAGAGAGAGAGAGGGAAGAGGAGGGAGAGGCGAGAGGAGAGGAGCGAAUAUAAUCUCCUGACCCGCGGCGACAUCGAAGACGGAAAGAGAGGAAGAGAGAGAGAAAGAGAGAAGCGCGAGCAUAUGCGUUGCUUUCUAGGAGGUCCGACGAUCGUAACGAAGCCAAGAGUUUCUCGCCGGGCUUUUCUCCUCCGAUCCUGAUGCUGCUUCGGAUUUUAUUCAAUGCGUUUCGCUGCAAAUGUUAUUAUGGAUUUUUUCGAGGAGGACGUAUGUAAUUGAUGUCGAUUCGUUACGUGUUUUAACGCGCUUAGCUCGCGCGAAUUAUAAAUUUCGAAGGUGUUCGACGUAAUCUCGCGGGAUGAAAAUUUUCUUUACACCGGCAUUUCAUUGCUUCGAUCUUAAUUGGUCAAACUGUAAAGAGAGGAUUAUGCUGCGCUGAACAUUGUAUUAGUGCCUACUUUGUACAUGUUAUAGAUAAUAAAUAUACUUUAUACUAGA